AUUGAAAUCCAAUAACACAUCUUAAUUCACAAACAAUUUCACUAAUAUUCACAAAUUUUUCAUCUGAUCUCAACAUCCAAAUGAGGCCUUAUUGUUUGUCCAGGAUUACAUUUCAAAAUGUCCCAAAAUAUCGUCCAAUUUGGAAAGACUCGAGAACUUUUCUAAUACGACCUUUUUUUUUAAAGAAAAAAGUUGAAGGUUUGAAUUGCUAUAAUAAUUAUUUGAGUUUUUAAAGAAGGUUGUCUUGUACUCUGGGUGUUCGGGACAAAGUCCUGACUAAUCCUGAUAAUGCGUAGGCCCUUGGCAAGGAUUUUCCUUAAGUGCACCUCGGGUAAUUUAAGGAGAAAUUCCCCCAGUCCAAUGGCUCCAAGAGAGUGAAUGCAGAAUUUUGAACUCAAGACGUCUGGUUUAUGUGGCUCACCCCAAGACCACUAUGCCACCCAUUGGGAUUAUAAAGUUGUACCUUUUUAUUUUAAAGAGAAUGCAUUAGUUGAUGUCUCUUUACUUGUUAAAAAAAAUACGCUACCUAUAAAAAACAAUAACUGAUGUCUCUUUAAAAAAUUGGAUUCCAAAAGUUCAAUGCCUGGUUUGGCUAUUUUUAUCACAUCUACAGUGGGCAUUUCCUUUUAUCAUAUCCAAAAGUUCAAUGUACCUGUUCCUUUGGUAUUAUAUAUUUACACAUCUAUCAUUUCUGCAACUUGAUAUAUCACUGACUUUUAAUUUUCCUUCGGCGGAGGAGAGAGCAGCGACUCUUUUAUAAGAUAUAUUUCUCAAAACAAGACCCGUGAUUCAUUCAUACAGCAUUAGCUAAUACAUUUUUUUGAUAAGUAGCAUUAGCAAAAAAAACUGAACUAUAAACUACAACCGUCAAAAUAUAUAUUUUUUUUCUUAACAAUGAAGAUUCAUCUGUCUCCUUAACAUAACUCAAAUAACUAAAGUGAACAACUUCCUAACCAAACUAUCGCAGAAAAUAUGCAUAUCCAAUAUACAUUUCAAAUAUCAUAUAUAAUUGUGAAAGAGAUUAGGUAAGUUUGGGUUUGGUUGCCGUGCAUGCAUUCCAGCUCUUGGAAACCCAUGGCUUUUAAAAUGCUUGCCAAAAUCUUCCUAAAAGCCUGGUUCAUCUGCUGUUUGACCUUAUUCAGCCAUAAUGGAAGAGAUCUUGGCCUCCUUCACUGUAAGGCUGGAGGAGCUUCAAGUUUUGGAUAUUAAGUUUCUUUAUGGUUGUUCAAAACCCACAGUUGUGGUUCUCUACCAGGAUAACAAAGAUGCUCGCCAUGUUAAAACGUAUGAGGUUGCUCUUAAGGAUAAAGAUUUUGUCGAGGGUCCUUGGUCCCAGAACAAUCUUGACAAUGGGGCUGAUUUACUAAUACCAGUACCUCCACCUCUCUGUGGCGUCAUUAUCAUUGGAGAGGAAACAAUUGUCUACUGCAGUGCCAAUGCAUUCAAAGCAAUCCCAAUCAGACCGUCCAUCACAAGAGCCUAUGGAAGAGUCGAUGCUGAUGGUUCGAGGUAUUUACUUGGCGACCAUGCUGGGCUACUUCACCUCCUUGUUAUAACCCAUGAGAAAGAAAAGGUUACUGGACUCAAAAUUGAGCUCUUGGGAGAAACUUCAAUUGCAUCUACUGUAUCAUAUCUUGAUAAUGCAUUUGUAUAUAUUGGGUCAAGCUAUGGAGAUUCACAGCUUGUGAAGUUAAAUCUUCAGCCUGAUGCAAAAGGUUCAUACGUGGAGGUACUAGAACGAUACGUCAACUUGGGGCCAAUUGUUGACUUUUGUGUUGUGGACCUAGAAAGGCAAGGCCAAGGUCAGGUUGUAACUUGCUCUGGAGCUUAUAAAGAUGGUUCUCUUCGCAUUGUUCGAAAUGGAAUAGGCAUCAAUGAACAGGCUUCAGUAGAACUUCAAGGUAUUAAGGGAAUGUGGUCAUUAAGAUCUUCUACUGAUGAUCCAUUUGACACAUUCCUGGUUGUAAGCUUUAUCAGUGAGACGCGAAUUUUGGCAAUGAAUCUUGAGGACGAGUUGGAAGAAACUGAGAUAGAGGGCUUCUGCUCUCAAGUGCAGACUUUGUUUUGCCAUGAUGCUGUGCACAACCAACUCGUACAAGUCACCUCAAGCUCUGUGAGACUGGUCAGUUCUACAUCUAGAGAGCUGCGGCAUGAGUGGAAUGCUCCUUCUGGCUAUUCGAUUAAUGUUGCCACUGCUAAUGCCACCCAGGUUUUAUUGGCAACCGGUUGCGGCCAUUUAGCUUAUCUAGAAAUUGGAGAUGGUAUAUUGACAGAAGUAAAACAUGGUCAGUUGGAGUAUGAGAUCUCAUGCCUUGACAUAAAUCCCAUCGGUGAGAAUCCCAACUAUAGCCAGCUCGCUGCUGUUGGGAUGUGGACGGAUAUAAGUGUAAGGAUAUUUUCACUUCCUGACCUGAAUCUUAUCACAAAGGAACUCUUGGGCGGAGAAAUUAUACCUCGGUCCGUUCUUCUCUGUGCCUUUGAAGGGAUAUCUUAUUUGCUAUGUGCCCUUGGAGAUGGGCAUCUAUUGAAUUUUCUUUUGAACACUAGCACCGGUGAGCUAACAGAUAGGAAAAAAGUCUCUCUUGGGACCCAGCCUAUUACUCUUCGUACUUUCUCAUCCAAGAAUACUACACACGUGUUUGCUGCAUCAGAUAGGCCAACUGUUAUUUAUAGUAGCAACAAAAAGCUACUUUACAGUAAUGUAAAUCUGAAAGAAGUUAGCCAUAUGUGCCCUUUCAACUCUGCUGCUUUCCCAGACAGCCUUGCAAUUGCAAAAGAAGGUGAACUUACUAUUGGCACCAUUGAUGAUAUCCAGAAGCUUCACAUCCGCUCUAUCCCACUUGGGGAGCAUGCACGCCGUAUCUGUCAUCAGGAGCAGUCCAGGACAUUUGCCAUUUGCAGUGUGAAGUAUAACCAGUCCAGUCCAGAAGAUUCUGAAAUGCAUUUCAUCCGGCUGUUGGAUGACCAGACCUUUGAGUUCAUAUCUACUUACCCACUUGACACUUUGGAGUAUGGUUGCUCCAUCCUUAGUUGCUCUUUCUCCGAUGAUAAUAAUGUAUACUACUGUGUUGCCACUGCUUAUGUAUUGCCAGAAGAGAAUGAACCAACCAAGGGCCGAAUACUUGUUUUCUUAGUUGAAGAUGGGAAGCUACAGCUUAUUGCUGAGAAGGAAACUAAGGGGUCUGUUUACUCUUUGAAUGCCUUUAAUGGCAAACUGCUAGCUGCUAUUAAUCAAAAAAUCCAGUUGUACAAAUGGAUGCUUCGGGAUGAUGGUUCUCAUGAGCUACAAUCUGAAUGUGGACAUCAUGGACACAUACUUGCACUCUAUGUACAAACUCGUGGAGAUUUCAUUGUUGUUGGUGAUCUGAUGAAGUCAAUCUCCUUGUUAAUCUAUAAGCAUGAAGAAGGUGCCAUUGAAGAGCGAGCCCGUGACUACAAUGCAAAUUGGAUGUCAGCUGUAGAGAUUCUUGAUGAUGACAUUUAUCUUGGUGCUGAAAAUAACUUCAAUCUUUUCACUGUCCGGAAAAAUAGCGAAGGUGCUACUGAUGAAGAACGGGGUCGUCUUGAGGUAGUUGGCGAGUAUCACCUUGGAGAAUUUGUCAAUCGGUUCCGGCAUGGUUCCCUUGUCAUGCGUUUGCCAGAUUCUGAUGUGGGUCAGAUCCCAACUGUCAUUUUUGGUACUGUCAACGGUGUAAUUGGAGUCAUCGCUUCACUACCUCAUGAGCAGUACCUCUUUUUAGAGAAGCUUCAAUCAAACUUGAGGAAGGUGAUAAAGGGUGUUGGGGGGUUGAGCCACGAGCAGUGGAGGUCAUUUAACAAUGAGAAGAAGACAGUAGAUGCCAGAAAUUUCUUAGAUGGAGAUCUGAUUGAGUCGUUCCUUGAUCUCAAUCGUGGUAAGAUGGAUGAUAUCUCAAAGGCAUUGAAUGUUUCAGUUGAGGAGCUUUGCAAGAGAGUUGAAGAGUUGACCAGGCUGCAUUGACACUAUGAAGCAGUCGAAGCUUCUUCUCUAGUUUCCAGCCACGGCCGCACAUCCACCACGGCCUGGAGUAUUUUAUUUUGAAUUAGUUCUUCAUCCUAAAUCUUAUUAUUUUUAGUUGUACAUGUUUUUGAUAAAAAUGGUAUUGGUCUUGUUCUCAAGUCCUCAAGUCUCAUUCUCUACAACAUUAAGAAUUCUGAUUCAUCGCUAAGAAUGGAUCUUCAAUUGAUGUUUAGGUGGCAUCUCUACCUUCUCUUCCACCA